UCUGCGCGCGCGAGGAUCCAAGAAGGGAAGAAAUGAAAGACGGAAGCCCGAGUCUUUUCCCUCCAUCGAAUAUGCGAUCAGCGGGAGGCGAUAAUAAAAUCUGAAAUAUCGACGCCAGCCGACUCGAUCAUCGCCGUCCAUCACCGAGACGAGCGGUCCGGAAUUUGUCUUGCCGUGCGCAUUCAAUAAAGAUAUAAUAUUCGGAAAACUUCCGAGGGAAACCGUUUGGUGGGAGGAACAUUUGGACUUUGUUGUUUUCCGAGUUCGUUGAGUCGAGGGGAGGAAGAAGAUGCCUAGGAUCUUACGGGCUUCGACGAUUUAUGGCUCACGUCAUGCGCUGGUGAUGGGGGUGGCGGAGGAAUUGACGUGAGAGAAAGAGAGGCGAUCGAAAGAAGAUUUGCUGUUCUCGUCUUUUGGCUCUUUUGUUGGAGCAUUUUUCGACCGAAAGAGAGGAAAAGGGAAAAGGCAAGAGGAGAAGAAUGGCAGCGGGAGUGUGGAGCGGCGAGAGAGUCGUUGUGUUCUUGGUGAUAAUUCAGGUGCUGUCUUCGAUUGCAUCGUCGUGGCUGCUAUGGGAGGCUAUGGCUCUCGUCCUUCUUGCAGUCGGCGGGCUUCUCGUCGAGAUCUUCGUUGAUGGGUCGGAGUUCACGCGCUUUCAGACUAGACGUGGUGCUUCUUCGGGAAUUCUGUUGGGAACUGUCUCAGUUCCCUUAGUCAUGCUUUCACGACUGAUACAAUUGUCAAGUGGACUCACAUCACAGGAAGUUGGAUCUGAAGGUGCAAUGUCUCUGGAAUCUGAGCUUGCGUAUCUCAACAUCCAAUACUGGUCUGCAUCUGUUGGUGGCUUGGUUGUUCUCAUAUUCCUUUCUUCACUUUUAUCUAGCCAGAAAGGAAGCAAAAAACUGUGGGAUUUGCGAUACGCACUAUUUAGUGUAUUCUAUUUUGUGUUGUGUGCUACAUUUUGCUGCUUAUCUCUUGCAGCAAGAUUUCAUAGCAGAUACUGUACAGUUGGAAAGGCAUCCUGGAUCUUUGUUCAUGGAUUGGCAGCAGUUGGACUUGUCAAACAUAUUCUUGUCACUUUUCCGUUAUGUGCCUCCAUAGGUGAAGCUAUGCUUGCAGCAAGUGGACUUGUUCUCUAUCUUUCUGAUGCACUGCUGUAUACGGUUGUGAAGGCCAAUUCCCUGUCAUCCUCAUUUUUCCUUCAUUAUGGCACUAGAAGGAGCCAGGUUAACAUAAUUAUUCAGGGUGCUCUCGUCAGCCUUCUUCUCUUCCCUAUACUUUAUAAAUAUGUAGUGCAAGCUUGGAGCUUCUUUUCUAGUCAUACAGAUGCUGAUGUGCGUGACAAUGCGGAGCAUAAGGGAUUAUCUGAACGGCUUCCUAAAGCUGUUGCUUUCUAUGCAUUGCUUACACUUGUUCUCACUGUAUUUGCUCCUGCAUGGAUGUAUUUUGUUCACGACUUUGAGAUUCACCCUAUUUUGUGGGCCUUCACUUUUGUCUUCAAAUCACCAAAAAGAAUAUUCCUGGGGAUCUAUUGGCUUGUCAUUAUUUGUUCAUCUGUCAUGCGCUUCUAUAAGAUUUCAAGAAACAGUACAGUUGAAAGGAUUCUGCUUCGAAAAUACUACCAUCUUGUGGCAGUUUUAAUGUUUGUACCUGCUCUGUUGGUGGAGCCAGAGUUCCUGGACCUAGCUUUCGGCGUGGCAUUGGCAGUCUUCUUGACAGUAGAAAUAAUUCGAAUUUGGAGAAUAUGGCCCUGUGGAGACCUUGUACAUAAGUUUAUGAAUGCAUUUACAGAUCAUCGAGAUUCAGAUCUUCUAAUUGUCAGCCAUUUUUCUCUAUUACUUGGGUGUGCUCUUCCAAAAUGGUUGUCAUCUGGAUUCAAUAAUCGCCCUCUUGCCCCAUUUGCUGGAAUAUUAAGUCUUGGAAUUGGAGACACUAUGGCAUCAAUGGUAGGCCACAAAUAUGGGGUCCUGAGAUGGAGCAAAGCUGGAAAGAAAACCAUCGAGGGGACUGCAGCUGGUAUCACAUCCGUUCUACUUGCCUGUUCUGUUCUUCUUCCACUGCUAGCCUCAACAGGCUAUUUCCUGUCUCAGCAUUGGCUAUCACUAAUGAUAGCAGUCAGCUUGAGUGGUUUGUUGGAAGCAUAUACUGCACAGCUCGACAAUGCUUUCAUUCCACUUGUAUUCUACAGUCUUCUUUGCGUGACUUAAUUCUCCGUCAUUGUUGACCAACCUGCAAGGGAUCGAUGCAACGAUGUCUGCAGCCAAUCAUUCAAUUUUCUAAUUUUUGUGAUCAAUUUGCUUCUAAUUUUUCAUUCUAUACUUGUAUAUCUUUUUUGGAGUAUAAGUUGUAAAUACAAAGCGAACUGAGUAGUUAGAUUCAGCUUGCUGGGAUAUCACCAGAGCAGCCAGUUGUGUAAAAAUGAUACAGUUCACUUGGUAGGUGAGUAGAGCUUUUCUAUAGUAACGUUCUUUGUAUAUGAGAGCGCUGUAAAUUCUCAGAGUUUGCCGGUUGAGUCUGCAAUUCAAGCAUUCUCCUCCCAAGAUGUCUGGAACGUUUUUUGGCAUUUUGAAAAUGUGGAAACCAAUGUCCAAUUUAUUGAGGAUGCUUUUAUUAUUGUUAUUA